AUGACCCAAGAGCGCGAGCAUAAUUUGGUUUGGCCUCAGCAUAUCCAAGAUGAUGCUUUGGUCACCGGAGUGGACGAAGACGAUUUUACGACAUUCCUCGACCUAGACAAUGACUUUCAACAUUUUCCAGCCAUGGACAAUGGGCGUUCCGGUCUCGAUACGCCCAUGGGCCAUCUGGGCUUCGGCAACAAUGCGGCCGACAUGAUGUAUACCGAAUCCGAGCAGAUGAACAUGAAUAUGGCUAUGACCAAUGAUUCAAUGGGCUACCAGAACUGUGCGCCUGCAGACCAGACAUAUGGGCAAUAUCCGCAAUACCAACAGGCACAGAUGGGGAUGCACUAUCAAAUCCCACCAACGCCAGUGAGCGCGGAAAUGCAUGCUGCAAAAUAUGCGUCUCAUAUGGGUAACAAUGGACAAUUGCUCUUCAACCAACGGCAGAUAACGUUCACCCCACUGGUUUCUCCUGCACAAACCCCAAUGGACGGUGGGUUCUCCAUGGCUGAUUAUGGGCUGGCCGACGACCCCUUCAGCCCCUUGACCUCUCCCGCCAUAGAGGCACAGACAGCCUUCAGUUCAACGGGUACCACUGCUUCUCCGAUCGACCUUGGUGCCGACCCGGGAGCUAUGGCGCAAUCAGUGACCACGGGAACAAAGCGAUCUCGUCGCAAGGGCAACAGUGUGACUCGUACACCUGCUCGCAGUAUGAAGCAGUCUCCAGCCCUGAAACCGCAGCCUCGUCGCCGUCAUCCCUCACUGAGCUCACUGCGUCUGGACAAAUUGGGGAGCUUACCUCCGCAAGGUUCUCAUGGAGCAAACCUACCUGUCUCGGCCCCAAAUAGCGCCGUUAUUCGUCCAAGUGAUGACUCCAUUUCCCCUGAGUCGUUGUCAGAAGCGGCCAUGGGGCCUCCCCCAGUCCCGCAGCCUGGGAAGUCACCACAGCCCGGGAUGAUUCCACAGAAUACAGCUUCCAACAAUCCCGUUACGCCAGCUACCCUGAUGAGCAUGCCAAGCAAUUCAUCGGUGUCGGCGAAGCAAAUGGAGCAACACAGUUCGGCUCAAGCUGCAGAUGAACCCAUGGAUGAUAUCAUGUUACCGGACCCCGCUGCCCCCAGUGGCCAGCCAGUCCUGGCGGCGAUUCAUAGCAACACGACGAGCGACGACAGUGAAAGCACCCCGAUUCUUUCGGCCAAAUCAGCGAAAGUGAGCGCUGGGAGCACCCCCAGAGGCGCGCUGGCUUGGGGAAAUUCACAGGAUACGUUUGCGAAACCGGCAAAAGUAGAAGCUCGAGGAGGAGUCCGUGCCACUAAGAAGAGACAAAGCAUGUCUUCUGCGACGAUAUCUCCCGCCUUGCGGCCCAAGAUUUCGCCAAGCAUCAGCCCUCUGGUUCCUGCGACGGGAGUGGCACAUCUGUCACCCGAAACAAGCGCACUAUAUCUGGCUUCGAAGUCGAAUUAUCAAAACAUUCUGGAAGGCACGCAUCUACCUGGCGUUUCUUACCCGGAGACCUUGGCAGAGAACCUUACGUCGAAACGAACAUCGCACAAGCUUGCUGAACAGGGGCGGCGAAACCGGAUUAAUCUUGCGCUGAAGGAGAUCGAGGCGCUCCUGCCAUCGUCCAUUGUGGCCGUGCACGCUAAGAAGGAGAGGGCAAGCUCCCAGGAAAAUGACGAGGGGGAAAGCAAGUCAAAUCUAUCUAACCAAGGAACAAGCAAAGCCAGUACUGUGGAAAUGGCUAUUGUCUAUAUUAAGAGCUUGCAGAAUGAAUUAAAGGACACGAAGGACAGGCUCGAAGCUGCGGAGAAGAAACUUGCAGAAGGCGGAGGGAGCAGUGCGGCUAGUCAAACCUCAGAAGGGUAG